AUGUCGUCGGCGGCGCCGAACCUCCCGCCCAUCCCCGCUUCGCCGAAGAUCACCGUCACGCCGCCGUCGCUCGACGCGAUUCGCGAAGAGGGGUUCAUGGACGACGCAAAGCUCGUGCCCGAGGACGAGGCAUAUCUCAACAUCACGCCCGAGGCGAUCCAGCAGCUCGCGCGGCUCGCAGCAAACGAGCCGCCAGACACCAAGCUCGCGCUGCGGGUCGGCGUGGACUCGGGAGGCUGCCAUGGGUACCAGUACAUCAUGGAGUUGGUGGAGGACCGGGGGGUCGAUGACUACACCAUGCAGGCCGAAGGCGCCUUGCCCGUCAUCGUCGACCUCAUGUCCCUCGGCAUGCUGAAGGGCGCAACCUUGCACUAUGCGACCGAGCUGAUCGGCUCGUCCUUCCGCCUGCAGGACAACCCGCAGGCCAAGGAGGGAGGCAACUGCGGCUGCGGCGUGUCCUGGGAGGCCAAGGAGCAAAUUUAG